GAAGUAAAGAAAAGCAGAAUGAAAACAACGCUGUCGUUCCGGUGACGCUGUGCGCUGUAAAUGUCUUUCUUUCAGUUCAGUACUGCUUUAUAAACUAAAUAGACGUCAUCGCUGUACUUGGACAGGUUACCAUGAAGUUGUAUUCCCUGUCUGCCCAUCCCAAUGCACCAUGCCUGGUGUUAACGUUCAAAGACUGCACGAUUAUGUUUGACUGUGCAAUAGACAUGUCAUCAUUGAUGCAUUUCUUGCCACUACCAUUGGUUCAUAGUGAAAGGCUGAGUAAACUACCAGUCUGGCAUCUGAGUGAAGGCAAAGAAUCACCAGUGGGAAAUGAGCUGAAAGACUGUGGUGGACAUGUUUUUAUCGACAGUAGUCCUGAAGUAUGCAUCCCAGAGACAGGAAUCCUAGAUUUGUCAACUGUAGACGUGAUUCUUUUGUCAAGUUACCACUCUAUGUUGGCUUUACCAUUCAUAACAGAGUAUACCGGUUUCCAUGGUAUUGUGUAUGCAACAGAGCCCACUGUACAAUCUGGAAGACAAUUAAUGGAGGAACUUGUAGAAUACAUUGAAAGAGUGCCUAAGUUACAACCAGCCACUAAAUGGAAAGAACCCAACAUAUUGAAGACUUUGCCGUCACCACUCCGUGAAUCGUUACACGUACCAUCAUGGCGGAAAUGUUACAACAAACAUGAUAUAAAUGCAGCUAUGUCAAAGGUCAAAUUAGCUGGAUAUUCAGAAAAACUGAAUUUAUACGGAGCAUUGUCAAUGGUACCCCUGAGUUCUGGCUACUGUAUUGGCAGUUGUAAUUGGGUUAUACAGUCUGAUUUUGAAAAGGUGACAUACAUAUCUGGAUCUUCAUUGUUAACAACACACCCGUUACCAAUGGUUACAGGGCCGAUGAAGAACAGUGAUGUACUGAUAUUGACUGGAUUAAAUCAAACACCAACCUUUAAUCCUGACAAUAUGCUGGGUGAAUUCUGUAGUAAUCUGGCUGUAACAAUCAAGAAUGGUGGCAAUGUUUUAGUUCCAUGCUGUCCAUCCGGUGUUAUCUAUGAUCUGUUUGAAUGUCUGUCAGCAUUCAUGGACAGUGCAGGCCUUACACAGAUUCCUCUGUACUUUAUAUCACAUGUUGCUGAUAGUUCAUUGGCGUAUUCUCAGAUAUUUGCUGAAUGGCUGUGUCCUGCCAAGCAGUCUAAAGUGUAUCUACCUGAACCACCGUUCCCUCAUGGUGAACUUGUCAAAGGUGGUCGUCUAAAACACUUUCCUUCAAUACAUGGUGAAUUCACUAAUCAGUUCAAGACCCCCUGUGUAGUCUUCACAGGUCAUCCAUCACUACGAUUUGGUGAUGCUGUACAUUUCAUGGAACUUUGGGGAAAGUCAAGCAUGAACACGGUUAUAUUUACAGAACCUAGUUUUAAUUAUCUUGAUGCCUUGGCUCCAUUCCAACCGCUGUCAAUGAAAUCAUGUUACUGUCCUAUAGAUCCAACCAUGAAUUUCUCACAAGCAAACAAACUAAUCAAAGAGCUGAAGGCUUUACAUGUGAUUAUACCUGAUGCAUAUCUGUCCCCGCCACCGCUAUUACCGCAUAGAGAUGAUCUUAUUGUUGAAACCGACCCUCCUCCCACUCCUUUCAAAAGAGCAGAUGUUCUAACCCUACCUGUGCGAAGAAGACAAGAGAAAAUUGAAAUCACAUCAGAGCUGGCAUCAACGCUAGAGCCGACUGAAAUGAAAUCUGGAGUUUUUGUAUCCACCAUAACGGGGAGCACUACUGUAAAAGACAAUAAAUAUGUAUUACAGCCUUUACCAAAGGCACCAGUAGUUGUCGGUAAAAAGCGUAAGCGAGGUGAGGAGGAAAUAAUCAACAAACAUCCAAAACAUUAUGUCUAUGGCAAUUUGGAUAUUGAAGAUUUUGUAAGAAACUUGACAAAGCAUGGAGUGACUGAUAUGAAGGUGGAAGACACUCCUGGAGGACAUAUUGUACAUUUACCAUCAGAAGAUACCAUUAUCCAAGUUGAAGAGGGGUCAACGCAUAUAUUUUGUGAGGGAAAUGAAACUCUUCGGAAAAAACUCAGAGAUGUACUGAUUAUGUGUUUACCUAAAUUUUAGGUGUAGAGGUGUAGAUAUACACACACUUUUGAACCAGUAAAAGAUUUUGUAUUUUUUUGAACUACUGAAACUUUCUUGCUACUUUCAGUUUAUGUGAUUCCCAGAAAAAUAAAGUUUUAAACUGUGAUUGUGUUAUUCACACUCAUCAAUGUGAGAAAGAAGAUACAUUUCCGGGUUUUAAUUCAGCAGUUAUUAUUUUAGGAAGUCUUUAAAUUCAAUCAAGUAUCGAAGGAUACAUUUAUAACAUAAAAUUAAGAACUUGCAAUGCAGGAAAUUAAUUAAACAAGAGUUGUUUACAUUAAAAUAAUU